UGUAAUUACCUACCUACUACCCUAUACUACCAAACUUUAAAUAACUAUGUGCCAAGUGAUAAAGCCUCAAGCCUAACUGUCCUAAAAAAUAAAUUUAUAUCUUAUACUUACGGAUUUAGAAUAUAAUUUAGUAAAAGCACUUCACUCUUCCUUCUAAGCCCCAUUACGUCAAGUUGAUGGAUUUGUGAUUUAUUUUAGUGUCAAUAAUGGAGUUUGAAUCGCAAGAUUAACAUACAAUAAAUCAAAUUUAACAAUAUUAGGCAAUUAAAAUGAGUAAACGAGCAAUGGAAAAUGUAGAAGAAAGCUUUAAAAAGCAAACAAACAAACGCAAUAAGCAUUGGUCAUUAGGUUUAGUAGAAUCAAUGAAAGAUCCUGAUGCGAUUUACAAAGAAACAAAAAAUAUUGUUGUAAUAAAAGAUAAAUACCCAAAAGCUAAGAUUCACUAUCUUGUUUUACCAUAUGAAGAAAUCAGUAGCAUUUAUAAAUUAAAUAAAACUCAUUUGAAUCUUCUCAAUGAAUUUGGUUCUAUGUUUAAUUUAAUUAAAGAAGAACAUGACUCUGAGCUUCAAGCUGGUUUUCAUGCAGUUCCUAGUAUGCAAAGACUACAUAUGCAUGUAAUUAGUACUGAUAUGAUUUCACCAAGUCUUAAAACUAAAAUUCACUGGAACAGCUUCACAACUAGCUUUUUCAUACCUUAUGAAGAUUUAAUGCGAAAACUGAACGAAAAUGGCUUUAUUCAAAAAAUAUCAAAUGAAACUCACAAAUUACUUAUGUCAUCACCACUGAAAUGCAAUCAGUGUAGUUUUGAACCAAAGAAUAUGCCUCAAUUGAAACAACAUUUACUAACACAUAUAAAAUGAAUUGAAACUAGGCCAAACAAAAACAAAUAAAACUCCACAAUUAUAGAAGUAACAUGAU